UGUUUGGAGGCGACCGCGGAGGUCCCAGGCGGCCAGCGGAAGCGUAAUGGAUCGAGGGAUUUGAAAGAUGUCUGAUCUACUUGUCAUUUGUCUCAAGGGUUAUGGAGAGGGGCAUUUGCGUUUAUCGAGAUGAUGAUUGUUGAAUGCUAUGGGAGAAAUGGAUUGUUACGGAUUCGGCUUUGAAGGUCCGCAAGUGGGUCGCUGGACACGCACGCCCCUGAACCGCCCAAUCGCUCGCGUCAUCAUUAUUGGCCAGGCCCGGGAGGGGGUUGGACGUCGUCUGCGUUUCUUUGAAUACCCACAGACUUCUCAUUCUCAUGGCUACAGGAUUGUGCAAAUGUUUCCGUAUUGGCGUAUUGUGAGGCAGGUAAAUGUCUCUUCACAGAGACAAAGGCAUGAAUGUAAAAGUUUCGCAUGGCUGGCGAUGUCCGUGUAUAUCCGAGGAGACAUCUUACGAACGCUCCGAGUCGUGAAGAUGGAAAGCAAGUCCCUCAACAGAUUGAAUUUACUAUUAUUCACGUUCGGAGGUGUCGAGCAUAAUUCCCUACCACUAUCCAUUUCUCUCCUACCCAUACUACCCAUUAUCCACAUCGCAUGUCCCAAGUCCGAGUCCCAAACAUCAACGACAUCCCGAAGCGCGCCUCCCAACCCCUCCUUCUUCCAAUCCGGUAAUCCCCAGCACUCGAGACAUGCAACGCCACACCAUCGGUCCUGUCUCAGAUCCCUUUUUUGCAGCAUCUCCCUUCAUUUCCAUCCUUUGCAUCCACUGGGUAGGAGAAAGUUAGAACGGCACAAAAAUAUCUCAUAUUCCAUGCCAACGCUGGUUCAGCAUGAGUCGUUCCCGACCAUGCACUCGACACCUGCGCGGAGGCAGCGGAUGGGCUUACCCUUCUUCAAGCGAUGGCUAAGAAUAUAGCGGAGAAGCGAUCCGCGGACGCACCGUGGUAAAUUGCUUGAUCGAUCAACUGCAUGAAGUGAGGUAAUUGUUUACACCUUUCGCAUACCGCAAGGUCGUA